CUGCCUUCUUCCGCUGUGGCCUCUGUACCCCUCAGGCUCACCCGGCGCUGUGGGGGCAUCGGUGGAGACCCUACCUGCACCUGAGUACAUCUGGGCAGGUAAGGCCUGGAGGUAAGGAGGACGCAGCCACUGGGAGGAUUUGCCUUCUCUUUCCUGUGGGGCCCUCCCUCCUACACCUGCCACUCCUCACUCUGGUCCUUGGAAUGCAAGGCUGCCCCUUUCUGGACUCAGCCCCCCAUGGGACAGAAAGGGCCUCAGAAGAAACCCCCAAGUUCUGCAGGGAUCCCAGUCUCUGGGAAACAGGAGCCGAGAGCAUCUGCACCCCAGCUGAAACCCCCAGAGCAUGGACCGUGUGACCAGAUACCCCAUCUUCAGCAUCCCCGACUCACCAGGUGUGGCCGGCCUAGCCCUCAAUGGGGACACCAGCUACACAUUUGAGCUGGUGGAGGUGGGGCCCUCGGCCAGUUGUUGGGGCCAGGACCAGCCUCAGGCAUGGACGGCUGACCACAAAGCCCAGCUGGACGUGGUGAGGACGAGGGCACCCUGCAGCCUGCGUGCCAUCCCCAGCCAACGGUUCCUGCAGCUGGAGGACCACGAGGAUGAGGAGGUGAAGGUUUACCAGCUGGAUACCAGGGACACCACGCCCAAGUGGCCACGAGACCUGCAGCGGGAGCGCUGGGUGGUCAUCCAGGACCAGGCAGUCAGGAAGAGUAGUACAGUAGCCACGCUCCGUAGCACCCCUGACCACGGAGACCCCAGGACCCCAGGCCGACCUCAGUCCAUGCCCCUGGAGGAAAACAUGAUCGACAGGGAACAAAUCGACUUCCUGGCAGCGAGGCAGCAGUUCCUGAGUCUGGAGCAGGCAAAUGCGGAGAUCCCUCAGAACCCUCAGGCCAGGGUGGCCCCCACAUUUGCCCCACCAGGGGUUGGCCAGGCCCCCAAGGCCUUGAAUGGGCUGUCUCUGGCCAAUGGGUAUGUUGUCUCAGUCCAGUCCCAGGAGAAGGAAGAGAAGAAGGUCCGUGGUUUGUCUACAGUGUCUGGUGUUCGAGCUGUGAACGACCCUGGUUCCCGGUCCCCAGCGGAGUCACUGGAGGCCCGCAAGGAGACGCCCAUCGAGCGUGAGAUCCGGCUGGUCCAGGAGCGCGAGGCUGCUCUGCGCGAGCAGAGGGGGCUGCAGCGGGCCGCCAGCCACCAGGAGCUGGUGGAGAUCCCCACGCGGCCACUGCUGACCAAGGUGAGCCUGAGCACGGCUCCGCGGCGGGACAGGGGGCGCCCAUCGCUCUACGUGCAGCGUGACAUGGCGCAGGAGACGCAGCGCGAGGAGGACCACCGGCGGGAAGGCCUGCAAAUGGGCCGGGCGUCCACGCCCGACUGGGUCUCGGAGGAGCCUCGACCCGGACUCAGGAGAGCCCUCAGCUCGGACUCCAUCCUUGGCCUGGCCCCAGACGCCAGUGUGGUCGAUCCCGUCCCAGAUGUGAGAAAGGUGAACCGCAUCCCACCUGCCGCCUACCAGCCGUACCUGAGCCCCGGGACCCCCCGGCAAGAGUCCCCAGCCUUCCGCGCAUACGGCAAGCUGAGUGGGCUCUCUGCAGAUGAGGCCAAGGUGGUGGCCUCUCCAAAGGCCGCAGGGUCUCAGAAGCUGGUCUCGGCAACCUCUGCAAAACCCUCAGGCACGAAACAGGAGAAGCAGGAGCGCUGGAAGCCCGCCAGGGGACCCCUGCGAGCCAACGGGGGUGUGGUGCGAUGGGAAUACUUUCGCCUGCGUCCCCUGCGGUUCAGGGUCCCAGACGUACCCCAGAAAGCUGAGCCCCCACGAACCUGGGGCUGGGAGGUGGCUGGGGCCCCAGCGCUGAGGCUACAAAAGUCCCAGUCAUCUGAGCUGUUGGAGAGGGAGGUGCAGAGUGUCCUGAGGCGGGAGAGGGAGGUGGCGGAGGAGCGGCGGAAAGCUCUCUUCCCAGACGUCUUCUCCCCGCCCCCAGACGAGGGCUGUGAGCAAGACUCCAGGAGCUCUUCCCAGGCGUCAGGCAUCAUGGGCAGUUACUCGGUGUCUGAGUCACACUACUUCACCCCCAUCCACCUGCAUUCAGGCCUGGUGUGGACGGCGGAGGGCCCAGCCGAGGCUGCUCGUGAGCAGAGAAAGAAGAAGGAACAGUGGUACGCUGGCAUCAACCCUUUAGACCACGUCAACUCGGAGGUCCUGGAAGCCACGCGGGUGACCCGCCACAAGAACGCCAUGGCGGAACGCUGGGAAGCUGGAGUCUAUGCCAGCGAGGAUGAGGACUGAGCCUGGAGAUGGGGGCACCCACCCCCCUGCCAUGCCUGGCCCUGUGGGAACUGCCAAGACCGUGACAGAGCCCCCCACCUUAGGAAACAGGUCCCCAUUUAAAUUCACCAUCCGAGAACCACAAGUGAAGUGCCGACAAUCCUGAGGGUGGGUGCACCUUCAGACUCUAGGGAUUUCUUUUCUGUUUUUACUUUCCUGGAGAAAUUGUUCUGCUUUCUGGGUCUCAAGCCAGGGAUGAAAUGGGACCUCUGUUGAGUCUUUCUGCUUCUAAGAUUUUGCCAAACACUCUUAGAUCCAAGAAGGAAGGAGGCCAGCGCCCCGCCUUCCAAAUGUAAUUGUUCCCGCUAGUCUGAGGGCGAAGGGGCUGGUCCGAGGGGGGGAGCGGACCCUGCCACAUUAAGGAGCUACAGCUCUGAGGGGGGACAUUUGGCCCCUCCCUUUAAGUCCCAGUCUGAGAGGGGAGACCUGCCCCACUGCAACCAGGGGGAAACUUCCGGUCUGAGGAAGGAGGCCUGAGCUCCCAAUCGGAGGGCCUCCAUGCCUCCCUGGAGUCCCCUCCUUGGUGCACCAGCAAAGACCUGGGAUUAUGGGGUACCAUGUGCACAGCACCUGACCUGGCAAAGAAAAGGGCUUGAUUUGAGGGCUUUAAGGGGUCCUUCUGCCCCCCUUCAAAGUGCCUGUCCACAUCCACCAUGAAAUAAACCCUCCCUCUUCUGUCUGAUUCAUUUCUCUCGGUGACACUCACUGCUCCCAGGGGAACCUCUGGCCCUCACCCCACCCCACGGGGCUGUGAGCCCCGCUAUGGACUGUCAGGGUCACACUCGGCAUACAGUAAGUGCUCAACCAGUGCUUGUGCAGUGAUGGUGUUCUGUGACACCAGCCCCAGGCCUUUUUCCACGUCACCCUGUCCCACUGAAUCAGUCACUGCUUGUCAAUCAUACUCACAGUAUUUAUUAUGGACACACACUGUGUGAUCGCACUCCCAGGAGGCCCCCAGAGGAGUCAGAUUCACAGACAGGAAGCAGAAGGUGGGGGCCAGGGGCUGGGGGAGGGGAGGGAACUUAGUGUUUAAUGGGGACAGUGUCAGUUGGGGAAGAUGGAAAGUUCUGGAGACGGAUGGUGGGGACGGCUGCACAGAAGUGUGACUGUGCUCAAUGCCACUGAGCUGUGCACUUAACAAUGGAUAUAAUGGUAAAUUUUAUGUUAUGCA